GGGCUUGGGGGGGCGGGGCAUACACGCGCACGCGCGCAGCGAGAGCGGAGGGAGCAAGAUGGCGGCUGUCGCAGCAGCGGGAACGGGAGGGCCCGCCGUGGCCGCUCCUUCGUCGUCCGCCUCCUCUUCUGCGGCCUCCUCUUCCUCCACCUCCACCUCCUCCAUCAUCCCGGGCGGCCCGGCUUCGUCGCUGGCCGCUCUGGAGGCCGCGCUGGAGAAGAAGCUGCUGACGGUCACCAACACGAUGGACGGCAUCCAGGGCCUGUCGUCCUGGAUCCUGGACAACAAGAAGCACUACAGCUCCAUCGUCAAGCACUGGAUGAAGUGCAUGAGGAAAUCCUCAAUUCCCCAUCGACUGAACCUUUUCUAUGUUGCCAAUGAUGUUAUUCAAAACUGCAAAAGGAAGAACGCUAUUAUUUUUCGAGACGCAUUUUCAGAGGUUCUGAUUGAAGCCGGCACUUUGGUGAGGGAUCCUUCCAUUCGGAAAUCUGUGGAGCGAAUAUUCACGAUAUGGGAGCAGAGAAGCGUCUAUCCAGAGGAGUUGAUUGUGGACCUGCGAGCUGCUCUUGUGGGACGAAAACCAGCUGAAUUUACAAAAGUGAAAACAGUGAGCGAUAAGACACGUGUUGUGGUGAAAUCAAAGAUUCUCGCUGAAUUCCGGCCUCAGGCACUGAUUGACCAGCUAGGGUCCUACAAACAAGCUGAGGAUGAGAGAGAGUUCAAGGAGAAGCAGCUUGGGACCCUCCGCGUGGACGUUUGCAGCACAGAGACAUUGAAACGGUUGAAAGAUCGUGCUGGAGGCAAACGCUUUUCCAAAGACUUUGAAGAAUCCAGCUCCAAGUUGGAAGACUUCUGUGCCGAGCUCGAGAGGGAGGUGAAGAAGACCCCGCCGCUGAUCGAAGCACUCGAAAAUGCAGAGAUCUUUUAUGAGGCUCAGUACAAGGAGGUGAAGAUUGUAGCUAAUGCGUACAAGACGUUUGCGAACAGAGUCAACAACCUGAAGAAGAAGCUGGACCAGCUGAAGACCACGCUGCCGGAUCCAGACGAGUCUCCCAUUCCGUCUCCCAGCAUGGACGCUCCGUCGCCGACCGGCUCGGAGUCCCCCGUGCGGCCGCUGGAAGAGCCCGUGGCGGAGCUGAAGAAGCUGGAGGAGAGCCCCGGGCCGCUGACACCGGACGCCUCGGGUGAUAACUGUGAUGUCGAGGACAUGGAGCUCUCGGAUGACGAAGCAGCGGGAGCAGCGAAUAUCAUAGCAGUAGAGAGUGAGGAGAGAAAAGAGGAAUCCAGUCCAAGCACAGCGGCGGCGGUGAGCGCGAGUCCCCAACCAGAGAAGGUGUUGACCCCGGUAGAGACCCCGCAGGCAAAGAGCAACACGGUAACGCCGCCCUUGGCCCUGCCAAACCUGGCCAACAUCGACUUGGGCAAAAUCAGCUCCAUCCUCAGCAGCCUGACCACCGUGAUGAAGAACACAGUCAGCCCAGCAGUUGGUCAAGCGCCUGUGCUUGCGGUAACAUCACCGGCUCCUGCUGGCGGGCACCUGAAUAGUGGCCUCAAGGCCCCCACGCAGAAGCCUUCUCCGGCCACUCCCAAUCCUCUGGCGAGCAUCCUGUCAAAAGUUGAAUUAACUCCAGAGAGCAUCUUGUCAGCACUCAGCAAGACACAGGGGCCCUCUGCUCCAGCUCUGCAAGGUCUCUCAUCAUUGCUUCAGAGUGUGACAGGAAACACUUCUGUUCCAUCCAGCAGUGCAAGUUCAAACAUUUCUACCCUGGCGGUGACCAGUGUCACCAGUCCGAUAGAUAAAGGUGUUCCCAUUAUUAAUGCCAGUACCCAGUCUAUGAUCCAGGGGCUGAUCGGCUGCUCUCCAAAUUCGCCUGCGUCUGAAGUUUCCUCUGGCUCAUCUGUGAACUCGGCCCCUGUAAACCACAGCCCUGCUCUGUCCAGUGCAAACCUGAAGGGCCCCGCCAACACUACAGUGCUUGACAGCUCCCUCCGCAGCACCGCCUCUGGAUCGAGGGGAGGCUUGACCAGUCAGAAGUCAUCGGCGGAGGCGGUGGCAGAGGAAACCGAGGCAGAAUCGCCCUCGCCGUCGAGUCUGGAGAUGAAGAUUCACAACUUCCUGAAGGUCAACCCAGGCUUUAAGGCCCUGGACCUCAACAUCCCGCUGCUGAGCAACCUGGGCUCCGGUGACUCGAAGAGUCUGCUGCCGCCGUCAGACGCGAGCCGUAACCCCGGCAGCGCCAUGCUGGACAACCAGGACGGCACGCCCGUCCGUGACGAGCGAGGUGGGACCCCCACCCAAGAUGAGAUCAUGGACAAGCCAGCCACCCCAGGCCCGAUUGAUCCAAUGUCCUUGCUGUCGAAGUUAAUCAGCCCGCCCUCCUCUUCAACCAGCAGCACAAUCUCCCCCCCGCUUUCCCUCCCGCAAAACAGAGAUUCCGCUUACUCAGAGAUUUCCAACACUGUGCCUUCUUACCAAAGUAGUUCCUCGUACGGCCGUGGCAGGAGCCCGUUCCCCCCUUCUUUCAAGCCCUCCGAAAUGUGGGAGCAGUCAUCUCCCCACAGGGAUUCCCCUCCUGACCAGUUUUACCCGGGUGAAUCCUGCACUGAUUUUGACUACGCAGGCCCACCUCCUUCAGUCUCUGGCUUGGGGAAGCAGCUGCCGAAAUCCAUUCUCAAGUCAAAUAAAGCCGAUCAGAGUCCCAAUGAAUACCAGUCUGUUUCCACCAGUUACAGUCGCCUCAAGUCUGUGUUCUCCAAGCCUAUGAAGUCCAUCCUUAAAAAGCAGGAGGCUUAUGGUGGCAGGUCAAAUAGCAGGGGGGGGUACGGAGAUGAUGAUCAGGGGGUUGAGCACGAGAGCCUGUCUUCGCCCAGCCAGAACAAUCCAUUCUUCCCCUCAGAGUCUAACAACAUCAUCUUGCAGCCCUCUUUCUCAGAUCUGUCUCGCGCGGGGUCGCUUCCGAAAGCGUUCUCCGACUCGCUCACUUCCCGCCAGCCGUCUUCCACACAAAGUGCCGGGUCUUACAGCCGCCUGCCGGUCACCAGCAUCGAGAAAGCUGUGUCGCUAGGCUCCCCCGUCUCUGCCACUUCCACCAUCGAGUUUAAAAACAUGCUCAAAAAUGCCUCCCGCCGGCCGACUGACGAGAAGCCUUCAGAGAGCCCCAUUAGUCCAGCGCCGACAGGAGGCGUGAGCGAAAAAGGGGGCCUGUCGAUCUUCGGACAGUCUGGGAUUGCAGAGACUGGGGAGGACGAGCAGCAUUGUAUAGAGACUCACAUAUCCACCUCUGAAUUAUCCAAAAGCAUAGAGGAGAAAGGAGCCCCCAUUGAAACGUUAGGUUCCAGUACCCCAUCAGCAGGGAGGCUGAUGUUUGGGGAGCCCAUUCAGACUCUGGACUCUAGCCGAGGGUCAGGCAGAGGGAAUCUGAGUCAUGGGAGAGGGGGCUCCAGGAGCAGUUGGUUUGAACAGAGCGAAAACAUUUCAGACUUUGAAGAUGAGUCAUCCUCUCUUGACGUUUCUGAGAUGACUCAAGGUAUUCCUCCCAGUUUUCGAAGCCAGUUCGAAGAGCACCACCUCCAGUUCCCUGACACUUCAAGCAGCUUUCGGUCCAACAGCUUUAGCGCCCCCUUUGAGAGGCAGACCCAGCCAAUGGGACUCCCGCCCGGCUCGCUGCACGAUCGCAUCGGGCCUCCCCCCGUCCCAAGCCGUGACCACGUCGGGCACCCCACUGGCCCGCCGCCAGAUCACGUGCUUGCCCCAUGCACCCCGCAAGAUCACAUCGGGCCCCCGCCCCCUCCCGUGCCCUUGCGAGAGAUCGGGCUGCCUCCACUGCCCCCGCGGGAUCACCUGAGUCUGCCCCCGGGUCCUCCUCCCCCUCCUCCUCCCCCUCCUGUCUCCCAUGACCAUCUCGGGCCUCCCGGCCCCACCCAGGAGCACGGGGCUGUCUCGUCGGGUUCCCUGAGAGAGCACGCUUCCUUCUCGGGUCCCCCUCAGGAUCACGGUGGGCCGCCACCUGGUACGACCCAUGAGAAGAUCGGGCCUCCGCGGGACCACGCUGGGCCGGCCCCCGGCACUUCUGUUGACCACAUCGGGCCGCCGUCUGCUCCUCCCCCUGAUCACUUCGGUCCCGGCUUACCUCCCGGCCCCCCCCCUCCGCGGGAUCACCUCGGCCCCCCGCCCCUGGACCACCUUGGACCCCCACCCGGCCCCCCGGUGCCGCCACCUGGGCCCCCUCCGCGGGAUCACCUGGUCCCCCCUCCCGGCCCCCCCUCCAAUCCCCCCACCAGGCCCUCCCCCUGGCCCCCCUCCCCGGGAUGUUCUGGGUCCUCCGCCAGGCACUCUUCCGCAAGAUCACCUGGUCCCACCUCCCGGCCCCCCUCCGAGGGAUCCGCUUGUCCCACCCCCAGUCCCCCCUCCUCAGGACGUCCUUGGUCCAUUGCCUGGAUCUCCUAGAGACCUCCUUGGCCCACUAGCCGGGCCCCCAAGAGAACUCCUAGGCUUAUUACCCUGCCCUCCAAGAGACUUCCUUGGCUUAGCCAGCAGGCCUCCAGUGCAGAGGUCGCCAAGGGAUUACUAUAGCCAAUCCUUUACGCCCCAGCGAGAGUACAGUAACCCUGGUAGAUUCUUCCAGAGAGACUUCAGGGGCUCUUUCAGGCCUCGCGAAUCUUUUCAAAGUGGAAAGCGGCCCGGUCUGCCAUUCGGGAGCCCCCCUUUUUCCACGGCUCCGAAGCGACCCUACAUGCCUCCUCGGUACUGAGAAAGCAAGAUGCGUUGCAGAACGAGCGGGAAUGUUUCUGUGUUGGAGGCUACGUGGAAAACUCAUCUCUAACCCUUGCUGUCCGAGCAGCUGUUGUGGCUGUAGUGGCAAGGGUUCAGCGUGGCGCAUCGUCAGUCAUUGACUUGUCUCUUUGUGUCCUUGUCUGUUUGCCCUCCCGGCUCACUUCCUGUUCUCCCACUCUGUCCUUCCCCAAGCUGACCUGCUGUGCUAGGUCAGAGGUGUAUGUAAGGUUAAAUGUUUCCGUACAGUAUCAUUACAAACUACUGCACAGCGAGUUUUCAUCAGAAGGAGCUUGGAAACUUCCAGGAUGUGUAGGAAUCCAACACGGAGCUAGAGAACCGUUUCCUUUCACACAAAGUAGAACUUUUGUAUUGCUGAAAAGAUCCUCAAGAGUACCGUCUUAAGAUGCUGUAGCCUCUGUCCAAACCCUUUGCUAUUUUGUGUUUGUUUUUUUUAAAAAAAAGUUACAGUUUUACUACGUGUACUAGUUUGUGGAGGGGAAAAAAAUGUGGUUAAAUGCAAAUUGCAAAUGGUUCUGUUGUCAUUGAAAGCAUUUGCAAGUGAACCCCCCCCCUCCCCUCCCCUCCACCCAUAGUCAAAUUUCAGGGCUAGAAUUUUCAAAGCUGACACCUCAUUGUUUCUGAGUCAACGCGAUGAACACUAUUUUGUAGAGGGUUGUGUGUUUCCUGCACCAGACACUUUUCAAGAGGGAAGUGUUGAUUGGGCAGGGUGGGUGUUAACUGUACAAUCCAUUUCCUACUCACUGGAGAGGAUUCUGUGCCAACGGCUUGGGCUUUCCCCCCCCCACCUCUGUAAAUAACAAGUGUGUGUUGAUUCAGCUCCUUGGCAGAGGGUUCACAUCAGCCUGUGUGUGGAUUGUGCAGUGCUUUGAGGGUGGGCGUUUCUCCUUUUUAAACCCCCUCCUUGUUCUGAAAUGUAUAGCUUGUCCCUGUUUCUCCCACUAACCUGUCUUUUUCUCCAGAGCGGCACCGUCAGCCACUAGGAUGGAGUUGUCUUCCCCUUGGCAAUGCCAGUGCUGCUGAUACGGUGCCAAGGAGAGGGCAGCCAAUGCUGGUGUUGGAAUCUGAAGCGCACUGCCCCUGGUUGUCCAUCCCAGAUGUGGGAAUGGUGGAAAAUGCUCCAUCUAAUAAUCUGGCUGAGAACCUCCCGAGACUCCCAACAAUCGGAAAUGAGAAGAUUUUUUUUAAAAAAACCUAACGGGCAGGACUGGAGCCUGUGGACUGUGCAAUGGGCACAGUUUUAAGCUGUUAAGAUGUGUAGUGUUUCUAAUGGCAUUGCAGUUAACAAAGAAACAAAUGCAUUUAUCUACAAAAGAAAAAUGGUGAAUCUUUGGAAUAAACCUUCCUCUGUCGUUUUACAAGCUCUUUAUAGUAGACCGAUCAGUCAGCAAUGCGAUAGGCAGAGUAAAACCUAAUUCUCUGCAACUUGUUCAAAAGUAUUUUGAAUUUUCCUACCCCACGCUUGCUGAUCGGCUGCUAAAACUGCCUAACGUGCUUCUGGAUGCCUUUUUCUGUGGCUUGUUCUGUCCCAGUCACUGGUUUGUUAAAUGUAACCUGCUUGGCCUGGUGAAGUACCUGGCUGAAUAACACUUGUUCCUCUUUAU